AUGGACAUCAUGGUAGGACAAGCUCUUUUCCUGUUCGUUUGCUUUAUCUUAUCAUGUUUCCUUAUCAUCUCCACCACAAGAUCCAGGCGGAGAUCUCUUGGUGCCACCGUGACGCCUCCAGGACCUCCGCGGCUACCCAUCAUCGGAAACAUGCACCUUGUCGGAAUGAACCCACACCGCUCAUUCGCCGACCUCUCAAAAACUUAUGGACCAGUCAUGAGUCUUAAGCUUGGAUUCUUAAACUCAGUGGUCAUAUCUUCACCAGAAGCUGCAAGAGUGGUUCUUAGAACACACGACCAACUCUUGUCUAGCCGUAGCUCCAAUAACUCGAUACGGUCCAUCAAUCACGAAGAGCUUUCCGUUGUCUGGCUUCCUUCGUCGUCUGCUCGUUGGAGAUUAUUGAGAAAAUUGUCAGCGACUCAGGUCUUCUCGCCGCAGCGUCUCGAAGCGACCAAAGAUUUGAGGGUGAAAAAGAUGAAGGAACUUGUGAGCUUCAUGAGUGAAAGCAGCGAGAGAGAAGAAGCUGUUGAUAUUUCUCGUGCAUCUUUCAUCACAACUCUUAAUAUCAUAUCGAACAUUUUGUUUUCGGUUGAUCUUGGUAGCUACGACUCGAAAAAAUUCAAUGAGUUUCAGGACAUGGUGAUCGGUGUUAUGGAAGCUGUGGGCAAUCCAGACGCUGCUAACUACUUUCCAUUUCUGCGGUUUCUUGAUCUUCACGGUAAUAGUAAGAAGAUGAGGGACAGUUGCGAGAGUUUGUUGAAGGUUUUCCAUGGGUUUAUCGAGGCUAAAAUAGGAGAAAAAUCAGUCCGGAGUAACCCUAAAGAUGUCGUGGAUGCGCUUCUCGAUCUUACCAAAGGAGAUGAAGCAGAGCUCAACACUAAUGAUAUCGAACACUUUAUCUUGGACCUGUUCACGGCAGGCACCGAUACUAGCUCUAGUACCGUGGAAUGGGCAAUGACAGAGUUACUUCGAAACCCUAAAACAAUGACGAAAACUCAAGCCGAGAUCGAUCGCGUGAUAGGCCAAAACGGCGUCGUUCAAGAGUCUGAUAUCUCAGAAUUGCCAUAUCUACAAGCGGUUGUGAAGGAAACUUUCCGGUUACACCCGGCUGCUCCUCUACUCGUCCCGCGAAAAGCGGAAUCCGAUGUGCAGGUUCUUGGAUUCCUUGUGUCUAAAGACACUCAGGUUUUGGUGAACGUGUGGGCUAUAGGACGUGAUCCGAGCGUGUGGGAGAAUCCAGACCGGUUCGAGCCAGAGAGAUUUUUGGGGAAAGAGAUUGAUGUAAAAGGUAGAGAUUAUGAGCUUACACCGUUCGGAGCCGGACGCAGAAUUUGUCCGGGGUUGCCUUUGGCUGUGAAGACAGUGUCUCAUGCUCGCUUCGCUUCUCUAUUCCUUUGA